CGGCAUCAAUAAUUCACAGAUGUCAGUCAACAUAUCGGUCAAUCGAUACUUAUGGAGCUCUGCUGCUGUAACUGCUGCUGUUAUUCCAGAAUGGGUCACCGAUAGCUGCUGAAUUGUUCUUUUUUUUUUCCCCUAGGGCUCGUAUCCGGUCUCGAUGCUUCCAAGUCGCAAUCAAGUCGACGAUCCCGCCCCCAGCGCCCGCUGCAGCAUCCCCGAGCUGCUAUUAGUCCAGCUCCUAGUCCCCAAUGCUCGACUGAACAACCCCUCCAUACCAGGCAGAUUGCCUCUCUUCUCUUCUGUUUAAAAGCCCGUUGCCUCUCGCUUCAAUAAGGCGCGGCUUGCUAAUCUCCCAUUUCGGCCCCUCCAUCUUUGUCUCCAGUCCUUAAUUCCGUAGCAAAAGGAGCCAAUUAUCGGGACUAUUUGGACCUCCCCACAUUCAGCCCUGUUGGACUACGCUUGGGUUUGUUGCCCUCGCCACAGUCGCCGAGAAUCAAAUAAAUAGAUAAAAAUACAGAAGCUGCUGUCAUCUCACUCUCACACACAGAGAGUGAGAGAGAGGUCUAUAUACAGACAUAGAAAAAUCGGUAAUAUUUUAAAUAUCCAAUCGAUUCCCACCCGCAGCACAACCCUACCCGCUGCCCGCCUCCCCAGCGGCCCUGUUAAAUGGCCCAAGACUCGUCUUCUUUAGAGCACCAAAGGACGGUGGCAGGAAAGAUCACAAUCGACUGCUCCACAGCCGUUGCUGAAACAUGCACCACCCGAUCUACGACAGCCUCUCAUGACAGCCCACUGAGGCAUCAGACGAGAAGUCGUACUGCUCCUCGUCGAGUAAAAGAAACUCUUAAUGCUCGUUCCGAAUACACCAAUAGCCAGGAUGAUGGCACCGCGGAACAUCGUAUCAACCAGUAUCUCAUAAAACAAGAGAUUGGGAGAGGCUCGUUCGGGGCUGUCCAUCUAGCAGUUGAUCAAUAUGGCCAGGAAUACGCUGUUAAAGAAUUUUCGAAAUCACGAUUGCGAAAACGAGCUCAAUCCCAUGUCUUGCGCAAUCCGCGGGGGGUGAGACGCCCUGGCAUAAUCCCCGCUGGUAUGGGUUUGAAUUCUCCCCUCCACCGCCACCCGUCCGGCCACGAAGACGAGGAGGGCAGUAACUCCCUGUAUCUUAUUAAGGAGGAAAUAGCAAUCAUGAAAAAGCUAAAUCACCCUAACCUCGUGGCUCUAUACGAAGUUCUCGAUGACCCUACAGAAGACUCAUUAUAUAUGGUCAUGGAAAUGUGUAAAAAGGGAGUCAUCAUGAAGGUGGGCCUGGGAGAAUGUUCAGACCCAUAUCCAAACGAAAGCUGUCGUUGUUGGUUUCGCGACUUGAUCCUUGGGGUGGAGUAUCUACAUGCGCAGAAUAUCGUUCACCGAGACAUUAAGCCGGACAACUGCCUCCUGACUAACGAUGACGUGCUCAAAGUUGUCGAUUUCGGUGUAUCGGAAAUGUUUCAGAAAGACUCUGAUAUGUAUACCGCGAAGUCGGCAGGGUCACCUGCUUUUCUACCCCCAGAGCUGUGUGUUGCGAAGCAUGGGGAUAUAUCAGGGACAGCAGCCGAUAUCUGGUCGAUGGGUGUGACUCUGUACUGCCUCCGCUAUGGGCGAAUACCAUUCGAAAAAGAGAGCAUCUUUGAGCUCUACGAGUCGAUCAGGAAUGAUGAGGUUAAAUAUGAAAAUGAGACAGAUGAGGAUUUCAUAGCUUUGAUGACAAAUAUUCUAGAGAAAGAUCCUGCAAAACGGAUCAAGAUGCCUGAGCUCAGAAACCAUCCCUGGGUCACAAAAGGUGGCACCGACCCACUCCUAUCUACAGAGGAAAACACCGCCAACCCCAUUGGGGAACCUACAGAAGAAGAAUUGAAUACUGCAAUUACCAAGAAAAUAGGCAAUGUGCUUACAGUGGUCAGAGCGGUGCAAAAGUUCAAAAGGCUGAUCGAGCCGGAAAACGCCCCAAUGCAAAGUAUUCUGGGUCAAGAUGUCGAAGCCCAUUUCGUUCAACCGCCUUUAUCCAUGGAAGCGUCUUACGUCGAAGUUUCUUCGGCAAAUACAGCAGACCAAAAUGCUCCGUCUAGUGCUAAGAGUAUCCAUUCAAAGUCCGGCUCCACAGACUCCAAGCGACGAGUCAUCGAAAAGGGGAUUUACGUGCCUCCCGCCGUGCAUAAAAGUGGCAGCGCCUCGCGUCUUGGAUGCACGCACGGGGAAUCAUGCCGAUACAGUGCUGCUUCAAUAUCCAAGUCCCCGUCUCCACCUCUUCAAACCUCCCGCACCAGCACCCCGAGCAAACAAAGUUUUUUAGAAGGUACACGAGGCCAUGCUCGCGAUCCGCUAGAAGAAGACCAUUCCUUCCUUUUCAUCGGCCCAUCCACUUUUACGGGUGUCCUGACAGUGGACGACGAGAAGACAUCAUUAACCUAUUUCAGCCGUGCAGCAACCUCGGAACCCAUGGGUAACUCUGAAGUAACUAGUGGCCUUGACGGCCAUGGCUUCCCGAUCGAUGAAAUGGGUCUGGUGCCAAUCGUGAGCGAAUCACCAGGCGCCUCGGGUAUCGACAUCUAUGAAACGGCGUAUAUGGAGGAGGUUGAGCGAAUUCGGAAACAAAGCCUUGCGCGCCAGAAGCCGGCGCCGAAGGUAUAUCUCACCCGAAGGGUCGAGGGGAAAGAAUCGAGCUUGGGCGAGCUGCUUCGGCAAGCUACUGUAGGCAUGGCGUCGACCAGCCCAGCAGAGGAUCAGAAGGCCCCGUCUACCACCACCACCACCGUCCAGUUAGAACAGUCGACCGAAGGCUCAGGACAGCAAGUUACGCAAGCCGCAGCAGCAGCAACCCUGGCACCGACAUCUAGCACCCAGCCACCGCCCCAUAAGGCGCUCGGUGCCGCUGACGCCGUAACAAACAUGACUAACGCUACUGCCGAAACAGUGACGACAUCCACGACUCAACGGUCGCUGCUUGGGAGGGUUAGAAGAGAGAGCGCACAGUUUGGGAACAAAUGAACAUGGUUUUUAUCGUGUAGCAUACAGUCGUGUCGUGCUGUGUCGUGUUGUAUUACGUGCUAGCGCCGAUUUUUGGCUUGCUGGGAAAUCCAAGUUUUCUCUCUUCUUUAUCACUUUCCCGGCCUUUUUUUUUUUUCCCCUCAUGGUCGAAAACGGAAGGUUUGGUAUAAUAAACGGAGAUAUUUCUGAUUUCAUUUUCUCCUUACGUAUAUGUUUUCCGUCCCUCGUUUGCUUCUCUAUCCUCUUAGAUACCUCCUUCCUCGCUCUCGCUUCACAUAUACUUUCAGAUAUAUACAUAUAUAUUCAUCUUACAACUUACUGCUAGUAGAUUAGUUUGUGGUUUUCCCCGCUGUCGGAUGUAGUUCUCCCACGACGGACUUGCGGUAACUUAGGUUGUUAGCUUCAGAUGUUCUAGUCCCGUAUUUCCCUCCACUUUCCUAUUUAUCUGCUUUUUGUGCGGUGAUGAGCCGGGGAAUUGGUUAAUAGGAGGAUUUUCAAAUGCGUCCACGGUUAAAUAGGGGAUUGGGUGUCUUCUUCCAUAUAUAUAUAUGGGGGGAUAUGUAUACAGCAAUCUGCCCAGUCAGUAUUCAAAAUAUAUGGAUGAUAGUCUUUUCUGCAUGUUCCCGAUUUUAUCCAUUUGACGCCUUUAACGAGUAAACAGCCCUGGCUAAACAGAAAGUACAGUUCUAGAAGAAGAAGAGGUAUCUGCACAAAACAAAAGUAUACAAUCCCGCAAAAAAAAAAAAAAAAAAAAAAA